CGUGCCGAGAUGACGGACCAUGGAUGGCGCGGCUGGCCGGGGUUCCUGCCUCAAACACCACAGACACACACGAACAUCGUCCUCGACAACUUGCGCUCGCGGUGGUGAUGGGAGCCCAGUAUGGCUUUCACACGCCGGGUUGCUGAGGUGCCAGACUCCGAGGACGAGCCCUUCUCGUCGUCUCCCAUUGAGGCAAGAUCCAAUGUUCAGUGGCCUCCUUCUCAAGCAUCACCUCCACCGGCCGCCCGUCCGGGAAUACCAGCAUCAACAGAUGAAGGCGUAUUCGCCAACCAGAAUCAGAAUAUCCCCUCACAGGUGCUGGAUACUGUGGAGACGAAUGAUCCCACUGACGCUCAGGAAAUUAACCGCAGCCAGCACAGCAAGACAACAGAGCCCAGACCGAAUAUCCAAGCUCCAGUGCAAAGUGCAUCAAAAGUGGAAGCGGCAGUCAAAUCUUCCAACGAGUGCACGCCGGUCGAAGAGAUUGUCUCAAGCGGUCAUCAAGUUGCUACUCCGGAACAUGAUGUUGAAGAAGGACCGAGGCCACCAACUGGAGGUGCGAAAGAAGAAGCCCAGAACGUCCAAGACAUUGAGCAGACUUCGGUGACAGUGGAGCCCCUCGUCGCUUGUCAGCCGCCGAAUUCAGCCCAAACUGCUGAAGUCGAUUGGCAAGGCAAUGCACUUCUGCACGCCAAACAGCCAGAGGAUCAUCAUGAUAGUGGAUGUCCGCAUGUUGCUUCUGCUGCCAGUGAGAAGGUUUUGAAGGUCGAAACAGAGGAGCAACCCGUCAUUAAUGACGGGCAGGAAAAGGAGGAUAUGUCUCGACUGCAACAGGGACUCAAUGAGCCAGAGUCCAUGAGUAAACACCAGGGCACUGAACAUUCACUUCCGGGUGAGCCGGUUCCCACCAAAGGGCCCUUGACAGGGACUACCGCUACGACCGGAAUUGCUUCUACCGAACCGCCUUCUGCUCCUAAUGUUUCCCUAACGAAUACGUCGGCGGGUGCCAUGGAAAUAAGCAUCACCAUCUCGCCAGACCCUUCCGCGCUUCCUCCAAGGGAGUCCACCGCGGGUGUGUCAAACGUUCCACAGCCCACAGUCUCUCAGGAAGGUGACCAUGCGCAUCAGCCCAUCCAACCUCCACAGGAAACAUUAAAAUCAUCAACCACGCCUGGUCGUAUACUUCCCAGUUCUGUCAAAGGCCCCGCAAAGACAUCCCAAGAGGUCACAGUCGCAGAGCUGAAAGCUCAGAGAAGCGCCCUCAUUGCCGCCCUUGCCGCGAUCCCCAGCAUACAGGAAAUCAUCGUUGAGAACAAUGAUAACGACACUUCGUCAACUGCAUCAGCCCCUUUGGACUCUGGGCCUACUGAUGCGGAUGUCAUGACUGCUGCGAACCAGGUCGUCAAGAAGCACAUCAAGCUGCUUCACGAGUACAACGAGAUCAAGGAUGUAGGACAGGGCUUGAUGGGCUUGAUAGCCGAUCAACGGGGUGUCAGGAUUGUGGAAGUACAGGAGGAGUUUGGCAUAGGGGAAAAGGACUAACUGUUCCCCUGCGUGACAUCCGGCCAUGGACACUUUCUCUUUCCCUCUCAUAGCAUGCAUGCAUGAUACCCAAAGCGUCGUUGCUUUUACUCAGCGGGCUUUUAUGGUCUCAUAUUCAGAGCAGUUUACCUAAGGCUUACAUAAUAUAUCAAGGGAAAGCGUUUCUGUUCGUCGGAAAACUCUUGGCACUGAG